AACUUGAUUAUUAUGUAAAUUUAUGUUCUAAAAGAUCACAAACUGUGUUAUGUCUUCUCCUAAUCGGGGGAUCACGUGGCUAAGUAGGUAAGACGCUGGCUCGCUAGCCAGGAGGUUGGGUGUUCGAUCCCUGCAUUGUCCGAGAAAGUUCAUCCAGAUUUUCCGGUGUGGUUCCCCCUUGUCAGUGAUGCAGGACAGAGGGCCUGACAAGGACAGCUGUCUAGUCCUUUGGAUGGGACGAAAAACCGAGGUCCCGUGUAUACAUUGGAAUGCAGGUAAAAGAUCCCUUGGCAGUUGGAAUUCGAUAUAAGAGUAGGCGCUAGUGCCGCUGCCCGGGCAAAAUUUCCCUCAUAGCACACUGUAUGACGUAUGCCCGUCUUCAUUAGCCCAGCAUAGGAGCAGAACAGUAGGACGUUAAACCCCAUUUCAUUUCAUUUGUCUUCUCCUAAUCACUGAAUAGUUAAGAGUUGUCGGCCCAUGUUGCGCCAAGGGAGGUAAUUGAUGUUCCUCCUGAGAAAAAAAUGGCGUCUGCUUUGAAGAAGGUUAUUGUGAAUAUUUUUGUUGCAGUUCCGAUUAAUCGAGCCUGCAAUCGUUAUUUAUCAAGCAGGCUUGCAAAGGUUGGAAUUCUAGAAACACCUAAAGAUCAUGGAAAAUCCUACGAAACUGGUCAGCUCUUUCUACAUAAAAUAUUUGGAUAUAGAGGAGUUAUCUUGUUUCCAUGGUUAGCAAGAGUUUAUGACAGAGACACUGCUACAAAAACAGAAGAAAAAAGUGUGGAUGAACAGACAACAUCAAUUGGUAAAGAGGUGAAGGGUAAAAAUCAUCUACAUUAUCAAGUCCUCAUGGAUUCGAGAGACAGUCCACAUAUUAGAGCACAAACGGAAGCUGUAACAUUUUUAGGCAAUCCAAGUGAUACCAGAUCUUUAUAUACUAUACCAGGUUUAGACUAUGUAGCUCAUGAGGACAUCUUACCAUACUUGAGUGUUGAAAGAUCCCCAAUAGAACAUGAACUUUUCGACCAGUUUUUAAUAUAUGACCCUGAAAGCUCUCCAUCUUUUACAUCAAGUGAAACAUUAAGAGCGUGGCAAAAUAAAAAUCAGCCUUGGUUACAAUUAUCAGAUGUUCAUCGAGAAACAACAGAAAACAUACGAGUAACAGUCAUACCUUUCUUCAUGGGAUGUAGGGAAUCGCAACAAGUAAAUGAUUACUGGUGGAGAUAUUGUGUAAGAUUACAGAAUUUUGGAGAAGAGAGAGUUCAGAUACGAGAAAGACAUUGGAGAAUAUUUUCAAUAUCUGGUACACUAGAAACAGUGAGAGGAGUGGGUGUGGGGGGACAUGUGCAGGUUCAGGAGCCUAUUUUAUCAACUGAGCAGCCGGCUUUUCAGUACAGUAGCCAUAUCGCUUUACAAGCUCCAAGUGGUCAUAUGUGGGGAACUUUCAAAAUGGAGAGACAAGAUGGAACUGUAUUUGACUGUAAAAUACCACAAUUUUCUUUAGAAAGUAAAUCAGAAGAAGCAAAUAAUCCAAAUAGUUUUUUAGGAAGUUAGAUCAAAUGAUUGUUAAAAUGUAUUUUUAUUGUGAUAUUAUUACAUUGAUUUUUAAUGUAAAAACAAAAAGUAUGAUUGGUAAUAGAUGUGUAUAGAUGUGUGAAGAUGUAACAAAGUGUAUCUGAUAAUAUCUAUCCUUUUUUUUAAUACAGAUCUUUACUGUAAAAAGAAAUAUGUUUUCUUCACAUGUGAUCAUUUAAUUUUAGUUGAACAUCUGUAUCUGGAAGUUGUAGGAAGUCCAUAAUUAUCUUUUCUGUGAUCAAUGAGAUUUUGUCAUAUGUCAAUAUCACAAAUUUAUAGGAAAUCUAGUAUAAUAAAAUCCUGUCUAAAACUGGAUGAAGAUAAAUGAUUGAAUUAAAUUUCUAAUUGUCUUAGCAAGGACAAUGAACCACUGCUAUCUAAUAAUAAUAACUACAAAGUGAAGUGAUAAACAGAUAGUACUGGAUAUUAUUAAUAAUCUAGAUGACAUUUUUAUUAAUUUAAUUGUGCCAUCUAGACACUUCUCUCUUACUAUAAAACUUGAUUAAUUUACAUUGCUGAUUUAUGUACAUUUCUUUGUUCACAUAUUUAUUGUCAUCAUGAAAUUCCAGUGAAGCAUGGUUGGUCAUAUUAAUUUCUUACCUUUGUGUUCACAUAAUUAUCUUGCCAAAUAAAGGACAAUAUUGAUUCUGUUCAUUACUUAAGUACCAUUUACAUACCACUCUAAUAAUAACAGUGUAGAAGGUUCUGUAAAUUUAGUCACCCUGCGUUCACAUAUUUAUGUUAUUAAGCAAUUGACAAUGUUUGUCUUCUCUUAAAGAUACAUUAGUUAAAGAGUUUAAUAAAGAGUUGGUCAUUCUUGCUAUAAUAAUUCAAAAAUAGAUGAUAAAAAAGAAAAUAUAGAAAAUUUCAGUCAAAUUACUUCAUUCUGAGCCAAAUUAUCACUGUUUAUUGUUUUGACAAGAUGUGUGCAUAGUGGUAACUAGCGCACUGGUAUAUUCGCAACUUAGCCUCGCUUUCCCAUUUUUAAAUUAAAUUUUUAAAUGGCGAACUGUUCUAAUCUAGUUAAAAUCACGAGUAUCCGAUGCCAUCGAGAGUUGAGUAUGGUCUGGAUAAGUUAACAAAUGUGUAAUUAAUAGUUUAAAUAACAUUUCAGGCCUAAAGAAAGACCUGCAAUAGGCAGAUUUACCUCUUGCAUAAUGUAUGUUUAAAGGGAUAUAAUGCAAAAACUCAAUUAUGAGGGGUUUUUCCCCUUCUGUUGAUAGGUUAGUAUUGAUGCCAUGACAAAUCCCUAACAAAAAUGUUAUGUGACUGACAAAUAUUAAAAUCAAAAAAUGUAGUUCAAAUUUCAUGUUAUUUGUCUGGAAGAGUUUUUUUUUAAUAAACCAUGUUCAGAUUGAUGUUGGAGUCAUAUGUUGAGCAGUUGAGAACAAACGCUAAAUAUAGAUAGUCAUGUGAUGCAAAGUCCAGCCCUGUGUCACUCCUGAUGUGAUGUUCCACACAAACCAGUCAGAUCUUAAUGAAGUGGAUGACAUCAAAAAUGUAAAGAAACAAAAUUUUGAGGUGUAUUUUGAUCAGACAGUUAUAGUUACCUCCCAUGCCUUGUGUUAAAUAACUAUUACAUGAUCUAUUAUCAAAACCAAGAAACCACAGAGAUGCUUCCAGUUUAUUAAUAUCAUAAAAGAUAUUAAUUCCUGGUUUCAUUAAUUUCAUUUUGAAUACUACAAAAGCUAUGUUUAGAUAAACACCCAUGAAAUUAUAAAAACAUGUUUGUCUAGAUUUUAUUUGUUAAUGUUCUUAGAGUACCAGUAUGUGUUGAUUUUUUAAUAUGUUACAUGUCAUUCAUUGUGUUGCCAUAUAAAUUUGUAAUAGCACCAUUGAGCAGCACGCUGUGUUGUAUGUCAGUCACUAUGACUCACUCUGUAAAUGCAUUAUCACAUUACAUAUUUUUGUUUUAUUCAAUGUGUUUAAGUUCUCCUUUUUUAAUUUUUCUUUUUUGGACUUAUGAAAUAUUUCAUUUAUUCUAUAAAUGAAUUAUUACUUAAAUAAUUACCGGUACAUUUGUGAUUCAAAAUAAGGAUAUAAUUUGACAGUUUGCCAAUUUCUUUUUCUGUUUAUUAAAGUAUUAGGUUAUGUGUUCAUAUGUCAUAUAUUUUGUAGUAUAUAAAUUAGAAAUAGGAUACAAUUUGAAAAGUAACUCAUGUUAUUGCUAUGGAUAUUUAUGAGUGUUCAUUUAUCAGUCUAUGAAUGUGUGUAUUCCAAUUGAAUAUAUAGUGAAAUUUAAAAAUAUUCUUGUUAUCGAGCAAAUGUACAUAAAAUUGUUAUAAAAAUAUAAAUAAUG